UCGGAGCCAGGCGGGUCCUCGGUCCGAUCCCUUUGGGAAGGAAAUGAAGCCCCUGACUGAGAACGGGGACGGGCGGAGAGUUUGGGUGUCAUUGAAAAUGCAAAUACAGCUCUGUCAUGUGGCAGAGCUUGGGGAGAGGAGCCAAGGACCGCGUCCUGGGCGCUACGGGCUCGCUCACACUCACAGAUCAAGGGACAACUGAAAUGGAUCCAGGCACAGAUGGCUGAGUGACUGGUCCAUGACCCUAUGUUCCUAAGAAACUGAAUAGAAAUAAUUAUCAGAAGGCAACACACGGGGAUUAUUAAGAGUUCUGAAAUGUAAUGUGUGCUGUAUUCUAUCAGACAUCUUGGAUCCUCUGGGAAAGUGAUGUCCUUGAUCAAAUGAGAACUGGUUUUAAUGAACAAACAAGCACAUGAAGAUAAAGAUCCAAAAUGAUUGUGUUUGCUGUUUGGCAAGACAUUUUGACCCAGUUGAAACAAUAUCUUGGAAGAGCUUUAACCAUGUGGAUGCUUUCUUGGCCUUGGGCCAACCUGAUGAUUUUAGUUGUUGCUGUAAUAGGCUUACUGGCCAAGACCACGCCAUCGACAAAGUUUACCAAGAAACCUCCUGGAAAAGAUGUCCCGAAGGGUUUUAAGCCAUCCACUGCCUCUCCUACCAAAGAAGAAACACAAUUCACAGAGGCAGCUGAGAUGGAAGAAAUGACCACAGAGCCUCCGAUGACCUCUGACUUCAGACCAACAGCUACACUCUUCCCUUUUGAAAACUUCACUCUGGAUACAGCAGAUUUCUUUUUUAAUUGCUGUGACUGCUGCAUGUCUGCCCCUGGACCAAAAGGAGAACCAGGGAAGCCUGGAUGGCCAGGUCCCAAGGGAGAGACUGGUGAUGUAGGGAGUCCAGGUCUUCCAGGAAUUGUUGGACCACAAGGUACAAAGGGACACAAAGGUGAAAAGGGAGACAAAGGAGAACAUGGUGAUCAAGGAGUAAAUGGAGUCCCAGGAUAUCCUGGGAAACCUGGAGAACAAGGUGGAUUUGGUCCCAAAGGUGAUAAAGGGAACAUUGGGCAGGCUGGAGUAAAAGGACAAAAAGGAUCCAAGGGGGACACCUGUGAGAAUGGCACCAAGGGAGAUAAAGGAGACAGUGGGGACAUGGGGCUACCAGGCUUAAAUGGAGAAACUGGAGCCAAGGGUGAAAAGGGGGAGAUGGGUGAUAAGGGAUUCUGUGGAGAUUCUGGACAAGUGGGAGGAAAAGGUCAAAAAGGGGAGGUAGGAAUGAAGGGAGAAAAAGGCAGCAAAGGAGAUGCAGGGGGAGAAGGCACCCAGGGCUUAGAUGGCCAACGUGGGAUCCAGGGUGAGCCAGGUAUUAAAGGUGAAAAGGGGGAUCUAGGAUCGCCUGGUCUUAUUGGGCCUGUUGGGCCAAAGGGAAAUCUUGGUGACAAAGGGACACGAGGAACUAUUGGGAAAAAAGGUUCUCGGGGUCUCAAGGGCUCGAAGGGGGAAUGUGCAAGUGUCAAAAGAUCAGCAUUCAGUGCUGGCUUAUCCAAGUCUUUCCCCUCUCCCAACAUUCCCAUUAAAUUUGACAAGAUUCUCUAUAAUGAUCAGGGUGACUACAACCCAGGCACUGGGAAAUUCAACUGUAGUAUCCCAGGAGUUUAUGUCUUUGCUUACCAUGUCACCGUGAGAGGCAGGCCUGCUCGGAUCAGCCUUAUAGCACAAAACAAGAAGCAAGCCAAGUCUCGAGAAACACUUUAUGGCCAAGAAAUCGAUCAGGCAUCUUUCCUAACCAUUCUCAAACUAAAUGCAGGAGACCAAGUCUGGCUGGAAGUUGGGCGAGAUUGGAAUGGAGUGUAUGUCAGUGGUGAGGAUGACAGCAUUUUUACAGGGUUCCUAUUGUACCCAGAAGACAUUGCUGCUUUUUCACCAUAGAUAUGUUCAACAAUAUCAGUAUAGAA